AUGGUCACCUCUACGCUUGAGUCUGUGAGUGAUCUGAGGAUUGUGCUUGUGGGGAAGAACGCAUCAGAAAACAACAGUGUGGGAAACUUGUGUGGGAAACAGUGCAGAACCACAGCACCAGCAGUUUCAGGCCAGCAGCAACAGGGCAGAAUUCAACAAGAGUCCAGAUCUGUGCGUGUGUGGAGAGAUGUGGAGCUUCGUGGUCGUCUGAUCAGUCUGGUGGAGCUUCCAGCUCUGUUCAGCACUCGUCUCUCAGAGGAGGAAGUGAUGCAUCAGAAUCUCCGCUGUGUGUCUCUCUGUCAUCCUGGAGUUCAUGUUUUCCUCCUCAUUAUUAAUGUUGGUCGACUUAGUAAUGACGACAAAGCAGAAAUAGAGAAGAUCCAAAAGAUAUUUGACUCCAGAGAGCAUUUCAUACUGCUCUUCACCACUGAUCUCCCUGAUGAUGCACCAGUGACAGAUUUUGUCAAAUCCAGCCCAGAAUGUCAGAGGUUAAUCCGUCUCUGUGGAGGUCAGUACAGAGUGAUGGGGUUAAAUAAACCUGAAAACUCAAGACAGAUCCCAGAUUUACUGGAUUAUAUAGAGAACAUGAAGACUGAACCAUAUUCACUUCAGAUGUAUGUGAAAGCUCAAGAGAACAGAGCCAGACAUGAAACAGAGGAGAAAUAUGAAGAGACGCUUAAGAGAAUGGAAUGUGAAAUUGAUGGGUUAAAGCAGAAGCUUCAGUCUGAGGGAAGCAUACAGACUACUAGAAAGCUGAACUUGGUGCUGUGUGGACGUGAUGCAUUACUGAAGACCUCCAUAUCCAGACUUAUAAAAGAGAAGUCAGACAUGAAGCUUUAUCCACAUCUGAUCAAUCUUGUGGACCUUCCAGCUCUGUUCAAUACUGGGUUUUCAGAGGAGCAAGUGAUGAGUCACACUUUUUGGUGUGUGUCUCUCUGUGAUCCUGGAGUUCAUGUUUUCCUCUUCGUUAUACCUGAUGCUCCACUGACUGAUGAAGACAAAGCAGAAAUGGAGGAGAUCCAGAAGAUAUUCAGCUCAAGAAUCAACAAACAUAUCAUGAUGCUCAUAAUCCAAGAGAAGAACAUGAUUAGUCAUAUGAAUGCAGUUCCUUCUUUAACUACUGAGAUGUCUAUCCAGAUGUUUGAAGGUCGACGGUUUAUUUUGCAGAACAGCUCACAGGUUCCAGAUCUACUGCAGGAUGUGGAGAACAUGAUACGAGAGAACAGAAAACGUUUCUAUUCGACCUUCAUGUGCCUUCAGGCUCAAACAGAGCUGGAGAAAAACAAACACAAGGCUGAAAUAGAGGAACUGAGAAGAUCUAUGAUGAAAACAGCAGGUGUAACACACCGUGAUGAUGAUAGUGGUGAUAAUGGAGUGAGGAUUGUUCUGCUGGGAAAGACGGGUGUUGGGAAGAGUGCAACGGGAAACACCAUACUGAGAAGAGAAGCUUUUACAUCAACAAUUACAGCAGGCUCAGUGACCAGAGAGUGUAAGAAAGAAAUAACUGAGGUCAACAGAAGACAGAUUACUGUGAUUGACACUCCAGGCCUGUUUGAUACUGAAGUAGACAAUGAUGAGGUCAGUAAGGAGAUUGUGAAGUGCGUCUCAAUGGCGGCACCUGGUCCACAUGUGUUUCUAAUGGUGAUUCAAGUGGGAAGAUUCACCAAAGAGGAGAAAGAUGCAGUGAAGAUCAUCCAGGAGAUGUUUGGUGAUAAAUCCAGAAUGUACACCAUGGUGCUUUUCACCAGAGGAGAUGAUCUGAGAGGAACAAGAGUUGAAGAUUAUAUCAAAGGAAACAGAAGCUUACAGAACCUCAUCCAUCAGUGUGGAAAUAGAUACCAUGUGUUCAAUAAUACUGAGAUUAAAGAUCUGACACAGGUUUCUGAGCUGCUGGAUAAGAUUGACUGUAUGGUGACAGUAAAUGGAGGAAGUUUCUACACCAGUGAGAUGUUCCAGCAGGUGGAGAAGAACAUCAAAGAGGAACAAGAGAGAAUCAUCAAAGAGAAAGAAGAAGAGUUUAAGAGAAAAGAAGAGCAGCUAAGAGACAAAUAUAAUGCAGAAAGAGAAGAAUUGAAGAAAGAAAAUGAGAGACAAAGACAAGAGAUGCAGAAUGAACUGAGAAAAACUUUAGAUGACUUUAAAAAAAAAGAAGAGGAGAUUAAGAAAGAAACAGAUGAGAAUCUACGAAAAGAGCUGAAGAGAAAACUGGAGGAGAAACAGAAAGAGUUUGAAGAGGUAAAUAAAAGAAAAGAAAAGGCUUUAGAAGAACAACAACAGAACUUAAAAUACCUAGAAGAAAAACAUGAGAAAGACAAGCAAAAUCUCCAGGAGAAAAUUCAACAGGAAACGAGACAACAAGCAGAACAGGAAUAUCUGACAGAAGUGGAUAAAGUUUUAGAAGAUGCAGAAGCAAAUGUUCCAUACAGAUCAAAACGUGCUCGUGACUGGAGUCACUAUUUGCCUGUAGUUGGAGGAGUUGUUGGAGGUUUAGUUGGUACUGCUGAAGACUUUGCAUAUUGGAUUAUCAAAAAAACAAAAUUAAGCUUAAACUCAAAAUGA